AUGGCUAACUUUGUCUUUCCAAAAAUUUGCAACCUCUCGAUCCUUGCUUUAGCGGUUUACUUAUACUUGUUUGAUGUUACAGUUGCUGCUCCUGUUGACAACUCCAAGGAGACCAAGAAGAACAUCAUCUUCUUGAUUUCAGAUGGUAUGGGAGCUGCUUCAGUUCAAUUGGCUAGAUCGUUUAGACAGGUACGUGACGACCUUCCAUACAACGACUUGUUGGAAUUGGACAACUACUUGAUUGGUACUUUCAGAACCAAGUCCAACUCCUCGUAUGUGACUGACUCUGCUGCUGCUGGUACGGCCUUGGCAACUGGUUUCAAGUCUUACAACAAGGCCAUAAACGUUGACCCAGAAGGAAAGCCAGUAGGAUCUAUCGGUGAGGCUCUUAAGUUGCAGGGUUAUGCUAUUGGUAUUGUUGUUACCACUAAGGUCACAGACGCUACUCCAUCUGUUUGGGCUGCACAUGCCAUAGAUAGAAGCAGUGAACCAUUGAUUGCGGAACAGUUAUUGGGUGACCAUCCAUUAGGUAGAAUUCCUGACUUAAUUCUUGGUGGUGGUAGAGCACAGUUCGUUCCAGCAACAGAAGAAGGUGGUGCUCGUAAGGAUUCCAGAAACUUGAUCGAAGAAGUUCAAACCAACGGAACUUGGAGCUAUGUCGGAGACAGAGAAUCGUUUGAUCAAUUGCAAGGUGGUGACAAUGUCACAUUGCCAUUGUUGGGAUUAUUUGCUGAUAAAGAUUUCCCAUACAGAAUUGACCGUGAGGAUUCUGAAUACCCUAGUUUAGUAGAAGAGACACAAGUCGCAUUGAAAGCUUUGAGCAAGGCUACUGAAGACUCCGAAAAAGGGUUCUUCUUGUUGGUUGAAGCAUCUAGACCUGAUCAUGCUGGCCAUGGUAAUGAUGCACCAUCCAUUGCUCGCGAAGUUUUGGAGUUCGAUGAUGUUGUAACCGAAGUCCUUAAGUUUGUUGAAGAAUCUGAAACUGAAACUAUUGUUAUCGCAACUGCUGAUCACGAAACUGGAGGCUUGGCUGUUUUUGGCAGAUCUCCAAAGGACUAUCAAGCCAUCUUGAAUGCUACUCAUUCUAGUGAAUUUUUGGUGAAUGCUAUUGAUGAAUUCGAACAGAAGGAUAAUGAUGAUGAGUUCAGAAAGUUCAUCCAACAAACCGUCAUUGAGCAAGGCUUGGGGCUUACUAACUACACCCAAGAAGAAGUUGACAUACUUGUUAAUGGUGCCAGAAAUGAAGACCAAAAUCUUCAAGUUGCAAUUGGAAAUUUAACUAAUUCCAGAUCUGAGGUUUCGUGGGGUUCCACAGACCACACUGCUGUUGAUGUGGAUAUCUACUCGUACUCCAAUUCUCCUAUUCUCUUCCAAAAAAUCUUGAACACCAAAGAUGGAUUGCUUGGCACUCACGAAAACACAGAUUUCAGUGUUUUCAUCAAGUCCAUCACUGGUAUUGAUUUGGAAGAAGUCACAGACAAGAUCCAAAAUGUUACUCUUGCUUAA